GUGGAAAAUUUGUGCUUCGAAUGGUAAUUCCGUACCGUUUCGAGUGGUCUGCUCGCGUAGUUUUGCGUGUGCCUGCGCCGUGCUGUGCGUUCCGUGUUUCGUUUGGCCGCUUCGCAACGCGUACGUGAGGCGUGAUUGUUGUUGUUGUGCUAGCGUGCGGUGUGGUUUUACCCGUGCCGGAAGUGUUGAACUGUCGGGUGGACCAUCAGAGGAUGGUGGUGGUGGUGGGUAAAUCGUAAUUCGUUCGCUUGAAUUUCAUCCUCGUUCUGGGAGAUCAUGGCAUGUGCCUGUGCCGGGUAAAUAGCAGCAUAACAACAUAAAACAAAUGCAUAGUCGGCGCUACUGGCAGACAUUGUAGAGUUGCGGCUUUUAACGAACCAAUGCAAAACACACCAGCAGCAUGCAAACACGUGGACAUCCUUGGAACAUUGAAUAAUUGGUGUGAAUUUAUUUUUGGUGUGGUUUCACAUUUGGCAGUGAGAAGAAGGUAGGAGUGUUUACUGUGCGUCGUUUCAACGAGCUUUUGAUGAAGAAUUACAUAGCAUUGUAUUAAUUACCGGAAGCGUGCAGUUUUCGGUUUUUUUAAACAGUGAAGAUAAGUGUAGUGAGUUAUAUUCCAAAAACAGAUAAAAAACAGUGCAAAUUUAAUUUGAUAAUUUGACAAAACAGAUUUUACUACCCCCACACACAAACUAUAAAGUUUAACUGAAGCUCGUGCCUGACAGCAUAAUCUCAAUAUUGCGCAAGUGUGUGGAAAAGGUGAGUGAGGCUGUAGGCUGGUCUCGUGCAAGGAAUUGCAUCCGGAAGUGUGAGAAAAAGUAAGAUUACACACAUCAAACGAACGCUCUUUGGGGGAAAAAACAACACCGACGCUGAGGGACAGAAGAUAUCAGCAGGCAAUCACAGCACUCCAACAAAGCCCCAACUGGUGGUGGAACCGAAACGUGGCUGACAUUUAAACUCAAUUAGCUCUACACAGCGCCACAAACGACGAUGAGGACGAUAAGCACAGACCGUACCCUGGCCGGGUUGAUGCUGGUGCUGCUGGCCACCCUGCCCUACGCGACCGUAGCGCGCAGCUACGAAAAGCAGACGGUGCGCAAGGGCAAAUCCGCCCAGAUCGUGUCCUCGGCACCGACCAUCACCACCCCGCUGAUGGACCUGUGCUCCGAGGACAUCAACAUGAAGCUGGCCUGCCACUGUUCGCCGGAAAGCCACGCCAAGGCGCAGAAAGCGUCCUGCUCCAUCUUUGACGGCGAGCUGCCCCGCAAGGACUACAACUGGCUCGCCUUCCACACGCAGACCGAGCUGGAGCAUCUGAAGUUUACGGUGCGCAAGUCGGGCAACCUGACCUACAUCCCGUCGGACGUGAUCGCCACGCUGUACAAGCUGCGCACGCUCACGAUCGAGUACGGCAUCAUCGGCGACAUCUAUCCGUACGCGUUCGGCAACCUGACCGAGCUGCGCGUCAUCAACUUGCCGAACAAUCAGAUCGUCACGCUGCACAACCACUCGUUCGCGCACCACCGGUCGCUCGAGGAGCUGAUGCUGGAGAACAACUACAUCCGCACGAUCGGGCGGGACGCGUUCGUGGACGUGCCGAAGCUGAUCAAGUUGAACCUGGCCAACAACAGCAUCGUCAACCUGCACGACAACGGGUUCGAGGAGCUGACCAAGCUGGAGGAGCUGCGGCUCGAGUCGAACCAGAUCGCGGUGCUGGCGCGCGAGUACUUCAAGGGGCUGGAAAACCUGAAGAUCCUGAAGCUGUCCUACAACGACGUAGACUAUCUCGGUGCGUUCGUGUUCGCCGACCUGUGGAGCCUGCAGAUGCUGUUUCUCGACAGCAAUCGCAUUGAGAAAAUCGACGAGCGUGCCUUUGACGGACUGACCAGCCUGAACUAUCUGCACCUGGAGAACAAUCGCAUCACCACGAUCGACAGUGCCACCUUCACCAGCGUGUCGGCCCUGCAGCUGCUCAACCUCGACUCGAACCGGCUGUCCACGAUGACGCACAGCCACAUCGUGCCGCUGAUGGACAAUCUGGUGAACAACAGUGCCCUGCUGUCACUGCGCGACAAUCGAUUCAUCUGUGACUGUCGGCUCUCGUGGAUGUACGAUCUGAGCGACCGUACGCGCAACGAGGAGCUGCGCGAAAGCCUCAAGAGCAUCGACUGCAUCCUCGGCCUGACGCCCGAGGAGCCGACACGUUCGCCACUGGCCAGCUCGUACGACUUCGGCCAGCUGGACGAGAACGGCGAGUACAUCGACGAUUCCGCGAGCGAAAACGACGCCCUGGCCAAGGAGGUGCCGCAGACCGUGAACGUGCUGAAGCUGGGCCGCGAGGAGCUACCGUGCCCGGAGGAGCUGGCCGGCCCGACCGGCGAUCCGAACCCGCGCGAGUCCAAGGGCCUGUUCAACCUGUCCUGGAACAGCUCGGCCGCCGGUGACCGGUACGGCGGCAGUAGCAGUAGAGUGCUGCUAGCGAUAGCCGCGGCCGUGGCGCUCGGUCUAGUGCGUCGAUCGAUUAGCUGUUAAGUGGCCACCGGGUGGGGGGGCGAGGAACCGAAGGUAACUUAUUUACGGCAGUGUGCGCGUUGGUGCUUUUGGUGCUCCAACGCACGAUCGAUUGUUUUUCCCCCUCUCCCGUGCACGUCGGCUCCAUCGGGCGCGCCUUUCGCGAGGCGUUACUGAAUGGGGGCUCGUUUCAGCCUUCCCUGCUGGAAAAGCUUUGCACUAUUCACCCAUCCCGCUCACUGGGUUACCCAUACACCUCAACAGCUCCGCAUUGCAUUUAUGCAGCGCAAACACAGUCACAAACACGACCGACACAUCAACAAGCGAAAGAGGAGAGGCGCGAAAGCGGAACACGUUUCGCGCGUGCAUGUAAUAUAUAGUGAAAGUGAGGGACAAUUUUGCCAACCUAUUUCGUAGCAUUUAGAGCAAACCCACGAUAGAACAGUAGCGCAUGUGUGUGUGAGUGCGCGCUACCAGAUCGGUCGACGGCAUCAGAGCGGGGUUAAGCGAGGGACGGUAGCUUUCUUUCGUCGGACGUUUUGUGGUAGAUUUUAGCAAAACAAAGUGAUCGCCGAACUUCUGCUCACACUCAAACCAUCACAAUCAUCACAUUCGUCACCAGCAUCAUGGUGUGUUGUUUCAUUCUCCCCCACUCCCCACUUUUGUUUUGCGUUUGAUGUACCCACCAACGGGGUACACUAAGAUCGAGCGGGCCAGUUCGACAGCAUCCACGGACAGUGGAUGAACACAGGACGAAUUUUGGACCGAUAGUUCGACAGCGGAUAGCUGCGGUUGGACGGACAGAAUCGAGACUCUGAUGUGGGGUAACCCAUUUCUUUCCUUUUUAUAAUAAAAGAAAACAAAUCAGACAACACACACACAUAUAUAAGUAGGUUUUAAGCUAGAGAGAACACACUGAACGAUGAAACCCCUUUGCAACUGAGUACGAUGUAAGGUAUAAACAAAAGAAAAGUAACAAAAAAAAACAAAGAAAAACGAGCAAGCGAGUAAUAAGGUAAGAGAAGGAGAGAACAUACACUACCAUGAAAUGAAACCAAACAGAGAAAGAGCGAGAAAGUAGCAAACAACGGCAAACAGAGCGAACAGAAACAGGAUCAAACGAAGCGAAGAAACCAAAAGACAGUGAAAGUACAGUUUAUGUAGCAUCGACGGGAAGGAUAGGAAGAAACCGUACACCAAGGGAAAAAAGUAAGAACAAGCGAUGAUGCAAGGAAACAUGAUGCAAUGUUGCAAUUCUUCUGUGUGGUGAGAAAAGAUAAACAAAAAAAUAAAUACAACUCUGUAAAUUGCCGUGUCGCAAUGUGAAUAAUGUGAGUGGAAGGCGAGGAAAUAGAAAUAAAUUUUAAAGUAAGUAACAAAA